UUCGGCUGGAAGCAGUCCGUUGGAAACCACCCCGAAGCCCGUCGUUGCUUCACCAGUCUGUCGACGAUCCACCCUUAAGUCCUACCGCCAGGACAGCUCCAUCCCCCGUUCGUGAAACCCGAGGCCGCUUCCCUCGAUCGCCCGGUGGACCCUCCAAGCAGGACACUCGAGAGGAGAACGGAUUUUGGGACUGAGGCGAGGGACAUAAGCAGAGACAUGGACAAUGUGCAAAUGAUCGGCACUAAAAUCACAGCGAUCAAGGAAUACUUAUAUAACUUCGCCCGGACGCAUUCGCCCACCAGACUAAUGAGUUCCGAAAACAACUACGCGCUCUCCAGGGAGCACUGUAACCUGAAAUAUUCGGACAUCCUGCCGCACAAUGCAGAAGGUUUUCCGGCGACCAGGGAGUUUCUGAUGAAGGUGGUGGAUAUCCUCCUGGAUUUCAUCAAGUCCACGAACGAUCGUAACGCGAAGGUCCUCGACUUCCAUCAUCCCUCCGAGAUGAUGCGUCUGUUGGAUCUUGAGAUUCCUGACAGCGGUCUGACGCUCCAGCAACUCCUCAUCGAUUGCUCCACCACUUUGAAGUACCAAGUCAAGACUGGUCAUCCUCAUUUUUUCAAUCAAUUGUCCUGCGGUCUUGAUCUCGUAUCGAUGGCCGGCGAAUGGCUGACGGCCACAGCGAACACCAACAUGUUCACCUACGAGAUCGCGCCUGUGUUCAUUCUGAUGGAGCACGUGGUGCUGCAAAAGAUGAGGGAGCUGAUCGGCUGGAGCGGUGGCGAUUCUAUUCUUGCACCGGGAGGUUCCAUCAGUAACCUGUACGCUUUUCUCGCGGCGAGACACAAGAUGUUCCCCGCUUACAAGGAACGAGGGCUCUCGGCCAUCGGCGGACAGCUGGUGAUGUUUACGUCUGACCAAUGUCACUAUUCCGUGAAAUCGUGCGCCGCAGUCUGCGGACUGGGAACAGACAACUGCGUGAUGGUUCCCAGCGACGAUCGAGGCCGUCUGAUUCCGUCGAAGCUGGAGGAACUGAUCCUGGAGCGCAAAGCCAAAGGGCACAUUCCAUUCUUCGUGAACGCCACCGCUGGGACCACUGUCAUCGGCGCGUUCGAUCCCAUUUCAGAGAUCGCCGACAUUUGCGAGAGACACAAGCUCUGGCUGCACAUUGACGCGGCUUGGGGUGGUGGACUGCUACUCUCGAAGAAAUACAGACACCCCAGAUUGACGGGCGUCGAACGGGCCGACUCCAUAACCUGGAAUCCUCAUAAACUGAUGGGAGCCUUGCUUCAAUGCUCGACGAUCCACUUCAAGGAGGACGGCCUGCUGAUUAGCUGCAACCAAAUGUCCGCCGAGUAUUUGUUCAUGACGGACAAGCUCUACGACGUGAAAUACGACACCGGUGAUAAGGUGAUUCAAUGCGGACGUCACAAUGACAUUUUCAAGCUGUGGCUCCAAUGGCGCGCCAAGGGUACAGAGGGAUUCGAGAAACACAUGGAUCGAUUAAUGGAACUUACGGAAUACAUGGUCAGGCGGAUCAAGCAAAUGCCCGACAAGUAUUACUUGAUACUCGAACCGGAAAUGGUCAACUGCUGUUUCUGGUACUUGCCAACGCGCGUAAGGAACAUGCCACACACUUCCGAAAGAAUCAAGAUCCUGGCAGAUAUUUGCCCGAUCCUGAAGGGUCGUAUGAUGCAAGCUGGGACGUUGAUGGUCGGUUACCAGCCGGACGACCGACGACCCAACUUCUUCAGGAACAUCAUCUCGAGCGCCGCGGUGACGGAAGCGGACGUCGACUUUCUACUGUCCGAAAUGGAUCGGUUAGGCCAUGAUCUGUAAGAAACCUGCCUGUUCUAAUAUUAGACGAGCGAUCAGUCGCGGUCGAAUUAGGCCCCGAUAAUCGCGUAGAAUCGAGAAAGUCAAUCCUCCUGAUUAAUUAGAGAUUCAUCGGCGAGCAGGAGGAACGGGUCGCGUUUCAUUCCGUGUACAAAACUAUUCCGGAGGCCAAACCCAAAUUCGCAAUCAUGGUUAGCUAAUUUAAGGAACAGACUCAUCUCUCUUCUUUCGUGGCGAACAGUUACGAAAGUAUUUUGAACAACGAUCGGCACUGAAGUAAUCUCCAUCGAGGAGUUCCAAACGUAUUCUUACCGGUGAUCUGUUUAGAGCUUAACGAAAAGAACUUCGAUAUUUAUUUGAACGACUGCGAAUUAGAACUCCAAGGCCAUAUAAUCGUUGAUCGAUAUUAAACAUUCUUCGAUAGUGAAAUUUCGUUCGUAGCGUUUUCGAAUAUUUUUUCCUGUCGGACGGUUAAAGGAACACGUAACUUGUUGGCUUAGCCAACGAAAAUGUCGAUAUUUUUAAACGUUCGUAUUCAGAACCGGUAAAGGGAGAGAGUCGGUCGGCGAAUCACCGUUCGUAGUAUGAUAAACGCUUCUUCAACGUAUUACAAAUUGCUGAUGAUCGAAAGAUACUCAUAGCACGUAAGUUCUCUAGAUUUGUAAGCAUAACCGAGAAACGAAAGAGUCGAGUUACAGUACUCUAGCGAUGCUUCCGGCCGUAAAUGUUACUAGUUUUCAUCCCUCAGUGCUGUACUGUUAUCACUAGAGUGAAAAUACACGGUAGAACGACGCGGUAUCAACGUCGUGACACUGAAGCAAUAGUAAAAAUAGUCGCGCUUCGAUAGAUUGAAUUCAGUUCAGUUGAUCUUGGUUUAUCGAUCGAGACGCGUUCCACGUCGGUUCUAAAAUUGACAAAG